GUCAGCAGUUCUAUUAUUUGUUCCCCUAUUAAUUCAAAAAUUUACAAAAACAUUAAAAAAAUGUUCCGCCAGCAGAAGGGCAUCAAUAUAUAUGUGCCGCCGGUGAGUAGUUUUCCGGAAUCCAGUUUGCUGGGCGGCUACGGAUUGCAGGACCGCGUCGAACUGCCCAAGACCACGGAGGUCCUUGAGGAUGUCCUUGGGGAGCGGGAGAAGCACUUCCUCUACGUAAUCGAUAGUCGGGGACGCCUUUUGGAGCAGCUGCGAUACGACGGCAAUGAUUACCGGCUGGCUCUGCGGGAGUCCUUCGCCCAGGACGCCCAGGUGUUCGUUCAUCAGGAUGCAUCGACGAAUCAGGAUCUGAAGAGCGAGAAACCGUUCCAGUGCCACCAAUAAAUUCCACAGAAUCAUCGGUAUUCCGUCAGUGAUUAAGUUAAUCAACUGUUUCAAUUAAGCCACUUGCUUUGCUCGAUUGGCUGGAAAUUCAAGCAACAAUCCGCCGUAAUUACCAACGUUUGCCAUUAUCAAGGCAAAACUAUACUAAUAAAUAAAUCUUUAAAAACUUCCA